CCGUUCCCCUCCCUCGCCUACUCCAAUCGCCCUGAUCUGGAUCGGGGUGUUACAACCUGCGGCGGCGGAGUAGGUAGGAUGCCGAAGAGAGCGGCCUCCCGAGCGCCGAUACGCUGCCGUCGACGGAAGCGUCCGAGAUUACCUCACGAUCCGUCUCGCCCCGCGUUCGAGGCGCAGAUCCGAUCUCGGGGAAUCAAGCGAAAGAGCGAUGUGGUUGAAGCUUGCUCCUCAACCGCUCAGACGAACACUUGUUGGGGAUCAAAGCGCGUGCGCACCGCCCUCAGUUCUACUACUACGCCUGCGCUCUCCGUCCGCUCCCUAACCCCCUACCCCAAGUGGUGGUGGCGGAGCUUACAUCUGCUGUUAUUAUUCUCCAGUCCAAAGGCGCUUUCCGGCCUUGACAGGCGCGUCCAUCUAGCAGUUGAUUUUGGUCGAGAUUACUGUUGGAAUCACACCCGUUUAUUCGGAUCUCAAUCUGAUUCAUUCAGUAGCUGGGGAAGGAGGGACUGGCCGAACAUUGGCGGGGACGGGCCGGCCGGCCUGAUUGCGGAGCUCGUCUUCGCCAACGACGUGGCCGACUACAUCCGCUUCCGCGCUGUGUGCCCGCCGUGGCGCCGGUCCUCGCUGGACCCACGCUUGGUAGGUGGCCUGGAUGGCCGCUUUCUCCCCCGGCGUUGGAUCAUGCUUGACAAGGCCAUCGCUACCAGUCCCUGCUGUUACGGGCUGUUCAAUAUCUCCACCGGUGAGUGCAUUAAGACGGACCUCCCGGAGCUUGCGGAGCACAAGUUGCUCGCGCUCAUCCCCGAGGGUCUCCUCCUGCUGCUCCACGAGCCCACCCUCCUUGCCCGUCUUCUUAACCCGCUCACACGCCAGCUCACCGACCUCCCGCCGGUGACCGUGCUGCUGACGCUGGAGCAGCAGCGAGUUUGGCGCUCAGGUGUUGGGUUAGGAGACACCAUCUGGGUGUGUGGUGCUGGUCUUGCAGACGCCUCCACAGUGGUUGUCUGUUUCAGUCGCCCCAAGGGCGUUUCUACUGCACCGUGGGCAGAAAUGUCAUGGUGUUGAACAACUCUGCCUCAGAUCAGAAACUGGUGACCGCUGUUCAGC